CCAUUUUGUCACAGUUUAGAGGAACACUGAGCAGUAUGAGGUGAUGUUUGUUUUACUUUCGCUAUAUUGUGCUGUUUCUUAACCACAGAUGAUGAACAUUUGCAUCUUAUAUAGCUAAUUAUUUGCAUUUUGCAAAUUAUACCUUCAUGUUCCUACUUUUUCCUAAUUCAUCCUGGACACCUUAUAUGAUGGCAGAAACACUAUUCAGCAUUUUCAUUGGUUCAUCAUGAGGUUGCAUUGAGAUUGCAGCAUGCACUAAGCAAGCCACAGCUAAAUUGGUGUUAUUGCCCUUUAAAUAAACCAUCCAAUGACACUGAGGUGCUUGACCGCCUCAGCUUGGAUGACUGACCGACGGACGGACGGAGAUUUGGGAGAUGCUGCCAGACUGUGUCACUGCUGUCAAGGUACUCGUCGAAGAACAAGAGAGGACAAUGAUACGAACAUGAUCAACGCCGAUGGCUUCUCAAAAUGCGAGGCGACUCUGCAACAGAGAGGCAGGAGGAGGCCACCCGCAGAGAUGCUCCAUCUGCUGUCAGCUGUCAUUGUUUGGCUGGUGACCGGCACCACCAUCUCCAGCCUCAACAAAUGGAUAUUUGCCGUUUACAACUUCAGGUACCCUCUGCUGCUGUCAGCUCUGCACAUGCUGACAGCCAUAGUGGUGGACUAUGGGCUGAUCAAGCUGCAAGUGAUACGCCACAGAGGGGCUGGAGAGCAGGACUUGACCCCCAGCGCAAAGUGUAAGGUGUUCCUGUUGAGUUUGACAUUUUGUGCCAGUAUCGCCUUUGGGAACAUGGGUCUGAACUAUGUCCAGCUGUCAUUUGCACAAAUGAUUUAUACCACUACCCCGCUCUUCACUCUGGCUAUCUCCACGCUGAUCCUGGGCAAGCAGCAUCACAUCCUCAAAUAUACAGCCAUGAUGCCCAUCUGCCUGGGCGCCUCCUUCAGCAUCAUGGGAGAAGUCCAGUUCGAUCAGACUGGCUGCUUCUUUGUGUUUGCAGCGACUAUGCUGCGGGGUGUCAAGACCAUUCAGCAGAGUAUUUUACUCCAGGAGGAGAAAAUCAACUCUGUGUUCCUGCUCUACCUGAUGUCCAUUCCUAGCUUCUGCAUCUUAGCUGUGGCGGCUCUGGCCUUAGAGAACUGGGCUCUGCUGGAGUCGCCGCUCCAUUACGACCGCCACCUGUGGGUCUUCAUCUUGCUCAGCUGUCUUGGCUCAGUCAUGUACAACUUGGCCAGCUGCUGCGUCAUCACGCUCACCUCCGCUGUCACUCUGCAUAUCCUCGGCAACCUGAGCGUGGUGGGGAACCUGCUGUUGUCUCAGCUGCUUUUCGGCAGCGAGCUGUCCACCCUCAGCUGCGCCGGUGCCGUGCUGACGUUAUCCGGCAUGCUCAUUUAUCAGAACUCAGAGUUCAUCGUCAGCUACCUGGACGCACGCAAGGCCAAAGCGAAAGGGUCCGGGCAGGCGGAGUUUGACACUACGCGCGGGGAGGACAAAGCUAGUGCAUCUGAACCAACAUAUCAUCCUCAGAGAACAGACGGGAAACAGGACGACAAGACAGACUGAACUGAAAGGAUGGAGGAGAGAAUGAGACGGUGAAAGAUACAGUGAUAUAAUAGCCUUCUACUGUUUGUAUCAUUAAGUAGUCAAGAGCAACAGAGGGAGUGUGACCUUAUAAGGUACAAUUUUUGAAAUCUCUCCUCACUGUGCCAAUUUACUUCUCCUGUGGUCACAGAGAGGACAGAUGCAGAAAAAGGUUUCCUUCAUUUAUCACGACGAUGGUUAAAUUCUCUCCUUCAUCUGUAUAUCACUCAUACAUAGCCUAUAGCGGUAUAUGCAUGCAUGAGCACACUAAACUGUUUGAUACCUCACGAGGUAUUCACACUGUCACUCCUACUACUCCACUGUGAAAAUAUUCUCAUUUGCAGAGGGCUCUAAUCAAUGUUUCGGGUGGCGGUCGUGGAUAUUGUCGGCUGCGGAGAGACUCAUGGGACAUUGAGGGGGGGGCGGGACUUAGAAAGCACUCCGCCGCAAAUCUGAACGGGCACAAUUUGUAUUAAAAAUAUAUAUAUAUUAACGGUACUGUUACCUGACAUUUACCUGGUCCUGUCAUGGUGAGGAACUGGGUUUUUUGGCAGCUCUUUUCUUUUCUUUUUUUUUUUUUUUUUCUUUUUUUUUGGUUGUAUGUGAAGGGGGAAGCUUGUCAAAAAUGGACUGUGGGGUUGUCGUAGGGCUAAAACUUCUGGACAAAGCCAACAUUUCUGUGCAAUGCCUCUUUUCCUCUCCUGAAGCACACAUUUAAUAAGAGGUCUGAGCUCGUGUUUUGUCCUCCCCCUCUGAACCUCGGUGUGGCUUCCCACUCAAGGGCCUAGAUUUUGUUCUCAUACCAGCUCGGUAAGACGGUCUCUGGAGAAUUAGUCCAAUUAUUUCCAUCUUUUACAACGGUGCGCUCACUGCAGCAUACCUCGAUAAUUAGGUUCACAAGUUCUCUAAGGAGUGUCACUCAAUUUGAGCUGUCUUUUUCCCCCGUGGAAGACACGAGGAAGAAGAACAUUGAGCUGUCCUUUAAGGUUAUAUCUUAAAUCCUAACCAGUGUCUUCUCUUUCAGUUUAAAUUAUCCCUCCGUGUGGAUGACAUUUUUUAAAAAGUACAGCACAGCUUGAAAAACUGACUUCUGCUGGACAGUGUUAUGUUUUCCGUCAGUAUUUUAAAAAGCAUUUAAUUGACUUUAUUUUAUGAUGAAACAUAUUUUAUUCCCCCUUUUUUAAUAUUUAUGUGGAAGAAAAUAUUUAUUUUUGAAUGGCCAUAGCAAUCUGGCUUUGUAAUGCUGUAGAUUUUGGUCCUAAAGUGUCUUGCACAUGCGUACAUGUAAUAUUAGACAACCCUAGUCCCUCCUGUACCUGUUCUCUUAAGAGAGAAGUCAGGUAUAAUUAGACAGGCGACUGCACGCUACUGCUGCUUCUUAAAGCAGCAUCUUAAAUGAUCCAGGAGGUCUGGGAUUCCCUCCUACAUGUAUGGUAUGCCAAAUGUUCACUUUUGAAAGCUCUUUUAGUCACACUGUGUCGCUCUACUGGUUCUGUCAGAGACCACAAGUUCUCACAAGACGACAAGCAACAAAGCCAUACAUCAAAGUUUUGUUUUUUUUUUGUUGACAUUCGCCACAUUUUCUGCAUAUUUUGCCAUAAGCACAGCAGUUAACAAGAUGUUGAAAUAUUUUACUGGAUGCGUCACGGAUUUAACAUUUUAAGGGUGCCAUUCAUAAAAUUACAUAUUAGAAAUGAACAUUUAAAUUUAAGAUGCUUUUCAUACACAUCCAGUCAGUUGAAAAUAGUGAAAAAAACAUUUUUAUUUUGGAGUUCGAUGAAUGGCUUUGUUGGUUUUAAUAUUUAAAAAUAACCGGUGUUGUCAGCAGUCCUCAGUUACAGGUUUAAAUAUUAUAUACAGCAUACUGUAUCAUUUUACUGGUUUUACAUUAUUGAAUACCUCAACUGUUAAAUAGGACUUCUUACGUUCAUUAAUUAUUAGUUAUUGGACUGAGAUCAAACAGCUUUUCAACAACCACAAUAAAACUUCAGCGUGUGAUUGAUGGAUUUUAUUGUGUUCGAUAGAAAGAGAUCUGAUCACAGAUGUCAGCAUAUUUUAAAACAACAGAUUUUUGAGACACAUCGUCGGCAGUCAUCUCUAGAUUUAUACUCUCAGUUAAAGUCUCGGCUGCUUGUUCUCAUGGAUAUCAUGUUGAGAAGAUUACGAGCAAUGGGGCAAAGCAACUGUUGCACUGACAAAGGUACAAAGACGCUGCCUUCAAAGCCUAUGGUUCCUGUGUACAUACUGGUUUUGAUUGUUUGCAAAGCUAGUUGGAUGUAAAUAGUUAUUUUAUUAUAUUUAUGUAUUUUAUAGUCAUAAAUGGCUGGUUAAAACGCGACUUGUUUAAGAAUGAAAUGUUUUGCCUCAUAUGCCUUAUUUGGACAAAGAUGAGCAAGGAGUGAUUUGAUUUGUCAUUUUGUCAAAUUGUUUGGAUAAAACUUUGAAUGCCAACAGCGGCCGUAGGUGCUCUUGUUUAGGGGCAAAGACAUUGGGCAAUGCAUAUAUACAUGAUCUGCAGUUGCUUGAAAAAAAAUGGACUGAUACAAUAAACUAUAAGAAAACCUA